UAUUGCCUCUAUUCUUCUGUCGUUCGUUGUCCUCCGUCAUUCUGCCGGUUGUGUUGUGGAAGGAAAUUAAUUUUAUUUAAGUGUUCUGAAUUUUAUUGUGCUAUAUUUCUUAAUAUUUAUUAGUAGUUAAUUUUAAAUCCUCCAAAGUAAUAAUAAACAAUGGGUGCCGAUCGUAAUAGUGAGCCAGAGCAAUUUCGUAAACUCUUUAUUGGAGGUCUGAAUUAUAAAACUACUGAAGAAAACCUGAAAUCCCACUUUGAAAAAUGGGGUGAAAUCGUCGAUUGUGUAGUUAUGAGAGACCCUAAUACUAGAAGAUCAAGAGGGUUUGGUUUUAUCACUUACAAAAAUGCCCACAUGGUUGAUGAUGCGCAAGGUGCUAGACCUCAUAAAAUUGAUGGACGUGAAGUGGAACCAAAACGUGCUGUUCCCAGAGAGGAUUCUGGAAAACCUGAGGCUCAAAUCACUGUUAAAAAGCUUUAUGUUGGAGGUCUAGGUGAGGACAUUGAAGAGGAAGAUUUACAAAAUUACUUUGGAGAGUAUGGCAACAUACUUAAAGUAAAUGUGGUGGUUGAUAAAGCUACUGGUAAAAAGCGAGGAUUUGCUUUUGUUGAAUUUGACGACUAUGAUCCAGUUGACAAAAUAGUUUUGAAAAAGCAUAUGAUCAAGGGACGUAGAGCUCAAGUGAAAAAAGCUCUUUCACGAAAUGAAAUGGACAGCAUUAAGCAGAAAAAAGAAAUGAAAGCAUUUGGAGGUGGUGGCCGAGGAGAUUGGAAAACUGGUUCUGAUGGCUUUAGAGGUUCUGGAGGAUAUGGUGGAGGAUAUGAAGGUGCAGGUGGUUUUGGUGGUGGUUAUGGUGGUGAACAACGUGGUUGGGGUGAUGCAAUGGGCUAUGGAACUGAUUAUUCAUCAGAUUAUAUGACAGGUGGUGGUUCAAGUGGAGGCUGGGGUUCUAACUUUAGUUCUGGAUAUUCCUCAUCUGGCCCCAUGCGAAGUAGUGGUGGCUUUUCAAAUCGAGAUUCUGGACCAUAUGGAGGUGGAUAUGGUGCUGCCGGUAGAAGUGGUUAUGGAGGAGGUUAUAGGAGAUAAGACUUUCUUUCCUGCUGUCUUGGGGAACUUUUAUGUAAGAACGUAAUACCCAGUGGUAGCCAGUGUGCAGUAGGUGUAUAGCCCGUUAGAAGAAUUCCAUUCAUUUCGAGAAACCAGAUUUUUGAAGGGGUUUGACAUCAUGAACUGCUAGGUGCAACACUUCAGGAAGAAAUUUUACAACAUAUUUGAAUGUGCUCACUGGCUGUUUAGGUUACAUUUUUCUUAAGGCACAGUGACUUGAAAUCCCCAAGACUAUUUAUAUUUAAAUGUUUGUUUCAUGGAAAAGUAUCCCAUUUGUAUUUUUUAUUGUAUUGACAACCCUUCAGAUUUAGUCUGUAUUUGUACAAUUGUCAAAAUAAAUGUUAGUUGUCAGUGUCAGAA